AUGAAAUUCUUUAACUCAAUUAUAUUAUCAGGUUUACUUUCUGCUAUUAAUGUAAAUGCAGAAACUACUACUACCACAAAUAAUUCAUGUUCAUUUUCAAGAACUACAAUUAGUGCAUCAACCGGGAUACAACAAUUAAAUUCAUGUCCAACAUUAGAUGGUACAAUUUCAAUUACAGGAAAUGAUAUAUCAGUAAUAGAUUUAACUGCAAUUAGACAAUUAAAUGCUGAUUUGACUAUUUAUAAUUCAAGUACUAUAAAUGUAGUAUUAGUUAAUCAAAUUGAAAAUAUUACUGGACUUUUAGAAUUUAAUAAUUUAACUCAAUUAACAACUGUUGAAUUAACAUCAAUUAAAGAUGCUCAAAAUUUAGAAUUUGUUUCAUUACCAAAUUUUGCAAAUUUAAAUUUAAAUAAUGAAGUUUUAAAAGCUGGUAGAAUUAUAUUAUCAAAUACUGCAUUAAGUAAUCUAAAUGGUUUAGCAUUAUUUGAUACUAUUGAAUAUAUGAAUAUUAAUAAUAAUAAGAAUAUGUCACAAUUAAAUUUUGAAAGUUUAAAAAAUGUAUCAGAUUCUUUAAUUUUAAGUUUUAAUCAUAAUCAAGCUCAAGUCAAUUUAAAUGCUUUAAAUUGGGCUUCAAAUUUAACUAUUCAAGAUGUUGUUGAUUUUUCUGCAACUAAUUUAACUUCAGUUAAUGGUAGUUUACAAAUUAGUUAUAAUACUUUUGAAACUUUAAAUUUAUCAAGUUUAACAUCAAUUGGGUCCUCUUUACAAGUUUUUGCUCAUGAUGAUUUAACAGAAGUUGAUUUUGGUUCAUUAACUUCAGUUGGUGGGGAAUUAAGCUUUUUCAAUAAUUCUCAAUUAUCAAAUAUGUUAAACACCUUCAAAAGUUUACAAAGAGUUGAUGGAGCUGUUUCAAUAAGUGGAGAUAUUACAAAUUUAUCAAUGCCUGCAUUACAAAGAAUUAGAGGUGAUUUCCAAUUAAAUUCUACGUCAGAAGAUUUUGAUUGUGAAGAAUUUAAUCAAUAUCAUGAAGAUGGUGAUAUUGAAGGUAAUAAUUAUAUUUGUUCUUAUGCUGUUUAUUCAAGUAUUGAAACUGAUGGCUCAACAAGUACCAAUACUGGAUCAAGUGAAACUACUUCCUCCGAUGGUAACAGAGCUUCUGGUGUUGAGAAAUCAAUGAUUCCAAACAUUGCUGUUGUUGUUGUUGGAAUUAUGUUUGGUGUUUUAAUGUUAUAG